AUGCCCACCUUCACUGAACGCCUCCGCACCGCCAGCGAGACCGCGCGCAGCCUCCUCUGUGUUGGGCUCGACCCUGACCCCGCGCGCAUGCCGAUUGCCGACACCAUCGAGUUCAACCGUUCCAUCGUAUCCGCCACCGCAGAUCUUGUCUGCGCCUUCAAACCCAAUCUGGCCUUCUACGAGGCGUUGGGUCUACUUGGUUGGCGAGCGCUGGAGAAAACCGUCCAGCACAUCCGCGCCGAGGCUCCUCACGCCAUCAUCAUUGGCGAUUGCAAGCGGGGCGACAUCGAUUCCAGCGCCGCCGCCUACGCCACCGCCAUGUUCGACGUCUGGGGAUUCGACGGAGUCACCGUCAACCCUUGGGGCGGUAUGGACACCGUGGAACCCUGGCUCACCAAGCCCGAGAAGGGCGCGUUCAUCUGGUGUCGCGGCUCAAAUCGCGGCGCGGCGGACAUCCAGGACCUUGCGGUCAGCGGUGUGGGCAACCUCACCCAGCCGGUCUACCUCCGCUUGGCCCGGCGAUCCCAGCAACGCGCAUCCCAGGGCAAUCUCGGCCUCGUGGUCGGCGCCACUGCCCCGCAGCAGUUGGCCGAUGUCCGCCGCAUUUGCCCGGACCUGCCCCUGCUGAUCCCUGGCAUCGGAGCCCAGGGCGGUGACUUGGCCGACUCCGUCCGGUGCGGCGUGGACUCCCUCGGGCGUUUGGCGGUCAUCAACGCGUCGCGUUCCGUGAUCUACGCCUCGGCCGGCGCUGACUACGCCUCUGCUGCUCGACACGCCGCCUCCGGCCUGCGGGACGAUAUCAACUCCACCCUCGACGCCAUAGGAUUGGGAUGGCAGUGA